AUGCCUUCACGCAAGCCCAGCAGAUAUGGAAACAAAUUUCGGUCCGGGGCAGCAUCAUUCAAUCCGAAACGAUCAAAAACAAUAGAAUUCAAUUCCCUUCGUUCUACAGAAGCGACGUCCCAAGAUGAAAAGUUCGAGUUUAUCCGAAGGGCGAACACCAUCGAUGAGUCGAUGGGCUUUCCUCGCUACGAAUCGGGCGAGAAAAGAGCAGGAUGGCUGAUAAAUAUGCAUAGCACGUCUGUUGAAGAUUCCAACAUCACCAGUGGUCGUGCAGGAGUGGACUUCUACUUUCUCGAAGACGACGGCGGUAGCUUCAAAGCUACGGUUGAAUACGACCCGUAUUUUCUUAUCGCUGCCAAGGGAGGACGAGAAUCAGAGGUGGAGGAAUGGUGUCGGAGAACAUUGGACGGCGUUGUCAAAGGUGUGCAACGCGUCAUAAAAGAAGAUCUUCAAAUGCCAAAUCAUUUGAUGGGGAAUCGCCGGGCGUUUCUUCAACUCAGCUUUGCGAACGUCAGCGAUCUACUUGAAGCGAGAAGGCUGCUCAUGCCCAUUGCGGAAAAGAAUAAGAAGAAUGUUACUGCGAUGGACACGUAUGCUGAGAUGGCCAGAGCUUCUGCUGGCUUUGAUUUGUUUGAUGAUGAACUUAAUAACGAAAGACGACCUAACACAUUGAAUGCAAGUGAUUUUAUCGUUGAUAUAAGAGAGUACGAUGUGCCUUAUCAUGUCAGAGUUGCCAUUGAUAAAGAUAUUCGAAUUGGAAAGUGGUAUAAUGUGGAGGCUAAGCAUGGUGUGACCAAAUUGACAUGCAUUGAAGAGCGACUUCAACGUGCGGAUCCCGUCGUGCUCGCAUUCGACAUUGAAACAACCAAGCUCCCUUUGAAAUUUCCUGAUGCCGUAAUCGACCAGAUCAUGAUGAUUUCUUAUAUGAUUGAUGGGAACGGAUUUCUCAUUACGAAUCGAGAGAUAGUAUCCGAAGAUAUUAACGAUUUCGAAUAUACGCCAAAGCCAGAGUACAACGGCCCUUUCCUAAUCUUCAACGAACCUGACGAACGCCACCUCUUAGAACGCUUCUUCAGCCACGUUAAGGAAGCGAAACCAACUGUCAUUGCAACCUACAACGGUGACUUCUUCGACUGGCCCUUUGUUGAAGCGCGUGCUAGUGUCUUGGGCAUUGAUAUGUAUACCGAGAUUGGCUUCAGAAAAAACAGCGAAGAUAUUUACCAGAGUGACCAUUGUGUACACAUGGAUUGCUUUGCAUGGGUCAACCGAGACAGUUAUUUACCCCAAGGUAGCAGGGGCUUAAAAGCGGUCACUGUUGCGAAGCUGGGUUAUGACCCAGACGAAUUAGACCCGGAGCUCAUGACUAGGUAUGCUAGUGAGCGCCCACAAACGUUAGCAGAAUACUCAGUAUCCGACGCUGUCGCGACAUACUACCUCUACAUGAAAUACAUCCAUCCUUUUAUUUUCUCGCUGUGCACUAUCAUUCCGUUGAACCCGGACGAUGUUCUCCGAAAAGGCACAGGAACAUUAUGUGAGAUGCUUUUGAUGGUUCAAGCAUAUAAGGGCCAGAUCAUUCUUCCAAAUAAGCACAAAGACCCAAUCGAAGCCUUCUACGACGGCCACUUACUGGAUUCCGAAACGUAUGUGGGUGGACACGUCGAGAGUAUAGAAGCUGGAGUAUUUCGCAGCGAUAUACCUGUCAACUUUGCCGUUGAUAAUACCGCGAUUGACGAAUUGCUUCAUGACUUAGACGCCGCCUUGAAAUUUAGCAUUGUCGUUGAGGAGAAGAAGUCAUUAGAGGAUGUCUCUAAUUAUGAAGAGGUCAAAGCUCAGAUCGUUGAGCGUCUGGAGAACCUGAAGAAGACACCAAAUCGCAUGGAACGACCGCUUAUAUACCAUCUUGACGUUGCCUCAAUGUAUCCGAAUAUCAUGACUACCAAUCGACUCCAGCCUGAUUCUAUGAAACAAGAGUCGGACUGUGCGGCAUGUGAUUUCAACCGUCCCGGAAAAACGUGCGAUCGUCGGCUUCCCUGGGCGUGGCGUGGCGAGUUUCUUCCUGCGAAACGCGAUGAAUAUAACAUGAUUCGCCGGGCCGUGGAGAACGAAAGGUUCCCAGGUAAAUAUAAGAAUGCCCCGAUGCGACCUUUCACAGAACUUAGUUCGGAGGAGCAAGCUGCUAUCAUCAAAAAGCGACUCCAAGAAUACAGCAAGAAAAUUUAUCACAAGAUUCAUGACAGCAAAACAAUAGAGCGGGAAGCUAUCAUAUGUCAACGAGAAAACCCCUUCUAUGUGGAUACUGUCCGUGACUUCCGUGAUCGACGAUAUGACUUCAAGGGGAAGCAGAAAGUAUGGAAAGGCAAGACGGAAUCUCUCAAGUCUGCUGGAGCGCCAGCUGCAGAAGUUGAGGAGGCUAAGAAGAUGAUCGUCCUGUUUGAUUCUCUUCAGCUUGCACAUAAAGUCAUCUUGAACAGUUUUUAUGGCUACGUUAUGCGAAAAGGGUCAAGAUGGUACUCGAUGGAAAUGGCCGGAGUGACAUGUUUAACAGGCGCUCAUAUCAUUCAAAUGGCUAGAGAACUGGUGGAACGCAUCGGUAGACCUUUGGAACUUGAUACUGAUGGUAUCUGGUGUAUGCUUCCAGCUACUUUUCCUGAGAAUUUCGCGUUUACUUUGAAAAACGGCAAAAAGCUGGCCCUGUCAUAUCCGUGUGUGAUGCUUAAUCACCUUGUUCAUGGACGAUUUACAAAUCAUCAGUAUCAGACUCUUACUGAUCCUCUGGCGUUCAAAUACGAAACGACGAGCGACAAUUCGAUUUUCUUCGAGGUAGAUGGCCCAUACAAAGCCAUGAUCCUACCAGCAUCGAAGGAAGAGGAUAAGAAUCUAAAGAAGCGUUACGCAGUAUUUAACGAUGAUGGCUCACUUGCUGAGUUGAAGGGAUUUGAGGUCAAGCGCCGCGGUGAGCUCAAACUUAUCAAGAUUUUUCAAACGCAGAUUUUCAAAUUCUUCCUAGAUGGAAAAGACCUGGCGGAAACAUAUGGAUCAGUUGCUCGUGUCGCAAAUAGGUGGCUUGACGUCCUAUAUGAGCAUGGAAAUACUUUGGCUGAUGAAGAACUGAUUGACUUGAUUUGUGAAAACAGAAGUAUGUCAAAGACUGUGGAAGAAUAUGGAGCGCAAAAAUCUACCUCUAUAACGACCGCCAAGCGCUUAGCAGAGUUUCUUGGUGAGCAGAUGAUCAAAGACAGAGGCCUCAAUUGUCGGUACAUUAUUUCAUCUAAACCGAGAAAUGCCCCGGUUACAGAACGAGCGAUUCCUGUGACCAUCUUUUCCGCGGAAGAAAAUGUAAAGCGCUUCUUCUUGCGUAAAUGGAUGAAGGAAGACCCUGGGGACAUGGAUCCGCGGACUGUAAUUGAUUGGGAUUACUAUCUCGAACGACUAGGAUCGGUCAUUCAGAAAUUGAUAACCAUUCCCGCUGUACUGCAGAGACUUGAUAACCCAGUUCCUAGGGUUCAGCAUCCUGACUGGCUCCAACGCCGCAUUGCGACCAGAGAUGAUAAGUUCAAGCAGAAGAAGAUGACUGACAUGUUCGAGAAAAAUCCACUUUCCGAGGUGUCAACCAACAUUUUGGAUCAUCGUGUCCCUCACGCUACUGAUAUUGAAGAUGCUGGCACGCAAUCUACCGAGAAACGAAACACAUCUCCAUCUAGCAAGGCAUCACAGAAAAGAAAGUUACCGGAAGGACCUUCCACAACGUCGCUGGAUCCAUACACCGCAUUGCCAGCGAAAAUGCCAUCGUUGUCUGAAGAUUAUGAAGGCUUCAUCAAGUAUCAGAAACAAAAGUGGAAAAUCCAAAAACAGGCAAGAAUUAGGCGAAGACAACUUUUUGGGGAGAGGUCAAAUUAUGCAUCUGACUCAUUGAGUCAUUAUUUCCGAAACCAGGCGGAACUACUCUUUAUUAGUAAAUGGGAAGUUCUACAGCUACGCGAAACCGAUAUACCUGGGGAAGUACGGGCAUUUGUGCUGAUAGACCGCAAGGUCCACGCUCUCAACGUCAAAGUCCGACGUCAGAUGUUUGUCAACUUGAAAGGGGAUAAUUUACCAGACGUUGACCUCCCCGACUGCGAAGUAGAAAAGGUCAACUAUAUCUUGCCAAACGGACACGCUUCGGUUCAUUUGUUCAAGCUCACUAUAUCGGAAGAUACUUAUUUGAGGGAGUCAGAAAAAAUACGCUCUUUACUCAACCACCCAAGUGUUGAGGGCGUGUAUGAACGAAACAUACCUCUCGAUGUUUGUGCUAUAAUGAAACUGGGUAGUACCUGUACCUUUGACGAAAGCCAACGAGGAGUACUCGGAGACGGCCUAGAUCAUGGUUUCGAGUUAUCUUCCUUACUUCAUACAUCCUCUGAAAAGCCUUAUUUAGAUGGGCAAAACUUGACGUACUACUACUUGUAUCACGUUACCUCAGGCGACCGGCAAGUAUUUGCGCUUUUUUCGACAUCCAAAAAUGAAGCCAACAUUGUCAUAUUAAACCGGAGUCGUGAUAUGCAGGUUCUUCCAAACGUCGACAAAAUUUAUUCGGAACUUUUCAGUCGCAAGCCUGCAACUGAAAACGAAACGCCGGCAUCUGCAUUUGAAUACCAAGAAAAGAUACAUUUCAAGACGACGCAAGUCACCACCCAACGAAAAGCUAUGCUGGAAAUCGGUGAUCUGGUGAAGAAACUACGCAACGAAGAAAGCAAACCUGUUGUGUUUGUAAUACAGUCCCAGCAAAAACGAAGAUUGAGCUAUGAAAUUCCCAUCUUGAAGGAGUACCCUAUCUUAACUGUCAAGCCUGAAAUAUCAGAUACGGAGAUGCCGCCGCUCGGUUGGCAAUCUUUUGUUGCAAAACGUUUAGUUACUCAUUAUCUCUAUUUGGGCUCGUGGGUCCAACACCUUACAAGGCUAGCACGAUAUGGGGACGUCCCAAUUUGUAACCUGGAGAGCGAUGAUCCCCGGUAUCUGAUCGAUAUCGCCUAUGCGAGGCGACUGCAACAAAACAAUGUGGUUUUAUGGUGGUCAGCGGGACCACGACCAGAUCAUGCUGGGUAUGAAAAAGACGACGUCUUAGGCUCCCUCGAAACUGUUGAGAUGCCAUCCAUCAAUAUUCCGGGAACAUACGCAACCGUGUCAAUUGAGCUCGAAGUGCGAAAUUUGGCAAUAAACACCAUCCUCACAUCAUCUAUUAUCAAUGAACUCGAGGGCAGCGAUACCCUACUCGCUUCUGCUCCUGACUCAGGCGAUGGCAGUGGGGUUCUUUAUUCUGAGAAAGCCUUCGCUUCAGCGGGUGUCUUCGUUUUACGCGAAAUGGUUAAACAGUGGUGGACAGAAGCUUGCUCUGGGAAUACUAUGGCCGAUAUCAUGGUUCAGCAUUUGAUACGCUGGGUUGAAAGCCCCAAUUCUCGCCUUUAUGACCGGUCAUUGCACCACUACGUCCGUGUCAUGUCCAAAAAAUCUUUCCAACAAUUGAUGGGAGACUUCCGCCGUGUUGGUUCGAACGUCAUAUUCGCUAGUCCGACGCGACUUCUCCUUCAAACAACAAAAACCGAAGUUGGGAAUGCGUACGCUUACAGUCAAUAUAUACUGAAGUCUAUCAGGGCGAACCCGGUGUUUCACUUCAUUGACCUUGAGCUUAAAGAGUAUUGGGAUUUCCUGGUGUGGUAUGAUGAGUUCAACUACGGCGGCAAAGGGUGUCAAGAAGUGGUGGAGGCAGAAGCCCAACAGUUGGAAACUAUCAUGCAUUGGCAGAUGAGCCGUUUUCUGCCUACGACUAUGCAAGGAGUCUUUCACGAUUGGGUUAUUGAAUAUAUUGAGCUAAUGCAUGGUCUCAAGAGAGGUGAUGAAGCAGAGACUGAGGACUUUGCUACCCAACGAUUGACUCAGAUCCCUAAGCCGCUGACAACGGCAGAUGACGAGGCAACGACGAUUCUCACCGACAAGUUUUCAAAGCCUCUGAAAAAACAAAUAGCUGGACUAAUUAGACGACAGCGAGAUGAACUUCUUCACCCCGAACUUGCAUCCGACUAUAUUUUUCCUGUUCUUCCAGGAGUCGUGACUGACCCGAAUGAGGGGAAUCGCAAUCCGGUUCUAGAGCUAGUCAAAUCACUUAUGCAGAUUCUCAGUCUGUCUAAGACCACGACAUUAGAGACACGUCUUCUUCGCCGCGAACUCCUUGCAUUAUUCGAGGUUCGCGAGUUCAGCAAGGAGGGACGCUUCGAGAACCCCAGCGCCAGCUUGAAACUAUCGGAGCUAACAUGUAGUGGCUGUUGUCUGAUCCGUGAUCUCGACUUGUGUCGAGAUGAAGACAUUCUUCCGGAUGCAAGCGUUGAUGGUGGAAAAGGCACAUUGAAAGCCUGGAAGUGCCCUUUCUGUCAAACCGAAUACGACCGACUCGCCCAAGAAGAGAAACUUAUUGGCGAGAUUCAUGGCAUGAUCGUUGCCUGGCAGGCUCAGGAUCUCAAGUGCUCUAAAUGCAGCAGCCUUAAGGUUAGUGCUCUCAUGGAGCAUUGUUCCUGCAGUGGGGAGUGGACUACAACAAUGGACAAAGCUGGAAUCGUCAAGAAACUACGUGUUAUGGUCAGCGCCGCAAAAUUUCAUGAUCUCAAGCUACUAGAAGGGGUGGCGGAAGACGUUCUGCAGCAAAUAUAA